AUGCAGCAGCUCCAGUCGGUGCAGCUCGGCUCCGUCACCAUCGGACCGGAGUCCUGGCGCGAUGGCACGGUCCGUUCCAUCCGGCGGGCGGAGCGCCUGGUGCGGCAGACCCGAGCCGGUCGGUCCGGGGCUGGCAGCCGGCCCCGGAGCUCAGAUGACGUCACAGCGGAGGAAUGCGGUGAGAGUCGUGACUGCGUCUGCAGAAAUAAGAUGCAAAGACCCAAAACCACUGGAGCAAUGUUCCCUAGUGGCUCCCAAAGAACGUCUGUGGCCCCGUUCCCGCGGUCCAGCCUGCGUGAGCAGUGUGCAGGGGCCAGUGUGGCCGUGGCCGGGGAGUACAUGCGGAGGGUGCGGGAGGUGGAGGGCCGGCUGCGCAGGCAGGCCGGCAGGGUGACCCAGGAGGGCGUGAAGCUGGAGAAGGAGCGGGGUCACCUGGAGAGGAUGCUGCGCAGCCUCAGGGCCGAUCUGACUGUCAACAGGAGGAGCUCGGAGGGGAGGACCAGGAGGCCGUCCACUGCUGAGACCGAGAGAGAUGGUGCUGAUUACUUGCUGUUGUGUGAGAGAAGAGAGAUGGCCCAGUUGAAACAGGAUCUGGAGGGAGCGCUGAGAAGCACACUGACCCAGCUACAGACCCUGGGUUGGAGCAGCAGACACCUGCUGGACUGUGCCGCUGAGAGGGCUCGUGUCCUGGAGCUGCUGCCUCACAGCGGCUCUGCUGGAGGACACGGCAGAGCGGCUCAGGCCUUCAACAAAAUAGACCCCGUCAGCGCCUUUACACCAGAAUGUAAACAGGCUUUAGAGUCGUCCACUUUGACAGUCAAUCAAUCACAGCUGCUGAGGGAAAACAUCAGACAGAUGCUGACCAGUGCCAUCACCAGACAGGAAGCAGUUCGCCGCACCGUCAACGAUGGCCUGGUGAAAAAAAUUGCAGAGACAAUCAGUCUGCAGCAAAACCUGACUCUGAUGUCUGCGGCCACCAGGCAGGCCAUGUUUCGCAAGCAGAGGGAAAUUAACUGUAUUCGUCACAGCCACGACAGAGCGCAGGGUCCGGAGUACAGCGGGGACUUACAGUCCAGAGAGAGAUUUAACAGGCCUCUGGUGCAGGUUUAUCACAGACACCCGGGGACACAGUUACCUGAGGCUGCUCAUCUCAUACAGGGCAGUGCAGUGCUGAAGCGAUGUCUAACCUCCUCUGAGGGAGAGCUGGCCAGACUGCAGCGUGCCUGUUUGCAGCUGCUGGACGACCAGCACGGCAAGAGUGUAGCAGCUCAGGUGGACGCUGCUGUCAUCCGCAUGAGGCGCCAGCAGGUCGACAAGCGAGCGAUGCCUUCUGCCCUCCAGCGGGGGGCGUGCAGGAGCCAACCCUUCAUGUCUUGAAUUCAGCAGGGCUGCAGCAAACA